UGUUUUGAUAGCCUCAAAGUUACAAUGUAGCCUAACUUCAGUCACAGAGUUUACCGGUUCAGAAUGAAAAACAAACUUUUAACUUAGGCUAUUAAAUCUAAACAACAGGCUGUAACAGGCUGAGACUGCUCCGCUGGAGACUUAACUGACAAGAUACUCGCAACACGGGGGCUUGCUGAAAUCAUCAUGACUGAGGACUUAUUUAAAAUGGAGAUCUGUCAAAACUCCUCUUUACUUCUGGAGAGCAAGAGAUUGAAACAUGUCCCUGUGAAGCUACUGCAUGGCAGUAAUGUGAAGUAUAUUUCUGUUGCUAACAAUGAUCUUAAAUCUCUCCCCAGAGAAAUAGGUAAUAUGACACAUUUGGAAAUCCUAUCAGUGCAGGGAAACAAGCUCACAUCACUCCCUUCAUCACUGCAGAUGUUAGGUAGUAGUCUCAAAGCACUCAAUAUUAGUGACAAUCAAAUUGGGACACUUCCAGAGGAGAUAUGUAAUCUGAAGAACAUGAAACAGUUUCACGCUAGUAACAACAAUCUUGAUAGUCUACCAAACUCAUUUGGAAAUGUAACCACCUUAGAGGUUGUUUCCCUGAAUAACAACCGUUUGAGUUCCCUGCCUGAAUCUUUUGGAAACUUGGUCAACAUAAAAACAUUGAAUUUGGAGAGAAAUAAGAUGACAGUCCUUCCUUCCAUCGUGUGCCAACUACAAUAUCUUAUUCAGCUAAAUAUUUCAGGAAACAAGAUUGUGACUUUACCACAGAAGAUUUCACAGAUGAUAAAUCUCAAAGAGCUGUCUCUCUGCGACAACAGGUUGACCUCUUUACCUCCACAGCUCUUCAACCUUGCCAAUAUGGAAAUUCUAAACCUAUCUGGCAACCAGCUGACGGUAAUACCUGAUGACGUGGGAAAACUGGAGAACUUAAAAGUUUUGAAAAUAUGCAGAAACAAAAUCAAAGUACUGCCAGACAAGAUCAGUGCUUGCUCCAAACUUCUUUACUUCUCUGUGAACCAAAAUCUUCUUUCCAAGCUCCCCAGGACCAUUGGGGCAUUGACUUGUCUUGUGGAACUGCAUAUCAGUGGAAAUCAGAUUGAGACACUACCAAAAGGAAUCGAUUCUUUAAAGAGACUGUCUGUGUUGGGGUGUGCAGAGAAUCUUUUGGUUCAAUUCCUUGUUGAUGGACUCAGUCUGUGUGAAUUAACCAAUGUUGAUCUCAGUUACAAUCAUCUCCGUGCCUUUCCCUCUGAGUUGUAUUCUUUACAAUGUCUGAACAUGAGUAAGAAUUUCAUAUCAAAGCUUCCUCCAGACGUUGGUGAAAUGUGCACUCUACAGCACCUCAACCUCAGUGAAAACCAUUUCAACUCUCUACCGAAGUGCCUCUAUCAGCUUGACAAACUUACUCAUUUGGAUCUUAGUGGCAAUGCCCUUCAAGGCCUCCCAGAGGGAAUCACUGGACUCAAAAGUAUCCAGGUCUUACUACUGCACAAUAACCAGCUGAAGGAGCUCCCACCUGACCUGUGCUUUCUGAAGACCUUGAAGAGGCUGAAUCUGUCAGAAAACCAGAUCAGAAACAUCUCCUCUAACAUCAGGUGUCUAAAAGACCUCAGAGAACUCAAUCUUUCCAGUAACCAGUUCAUCUCAUUUCCUGAAGCAAUAUGUGACAUCAGAUGCCUUCAGAGACUAUCCAUAAGUAACAAAAUAGGCAACAAGUUCACCUCACUCCCUGAGUCUCUACACAAAUUCCAAAAUCUAAAGGAACUGGAUUUUUCAGACAACGAAGUAAAGGAUAUUCCAGAAGCUUUGGGCGACCUGAGGCGUCUCACUAAGCUCAUUGGCAGGAAUAACUUGCUGACAUGUCUACCUCAGUUUGUGAUCUCCCUGCAAAACCUGCAGCACAUUGACCUGCAAGGCAACUUGUUGCAGGGGCUUCCAUCUAACCUGGCUCAGAUGAAAUCUUUGAAGCUGUUAAAGUUGGAGGGUAACCCUCUUACAGGCCCUCCCAAAGAGACCUAUGACGGACAGCAGGCAUUGCCAAUUGGAUGUUACCUCAGUUGUGAGCUUACGUGGAAUGAGCACAUAUUGCAAAAAAUGUUUCGAUUUCUGGCAAAUAAUGUUCCAGAGGUGGACUUUAAACAUUUCUGUGAGAGGCUUCAUGUUCCUCCUGAGUUGAUACUGACACAAGAGAAUAAAAGCUUCUCCAUCAAAGAAAAGACCAUGGCGGCUUUGAACCUGUGGAGGGAUGUAUUUUACCCUGCUGCAAAGCCUGCGGUCAUAGCAGACCAGUUAGUCAGGGGGCUGGUCCUAGCAGGGUUUCAUAGUCUUUCUGCCCAAGUGCAGGCCAUAAAGAUCUACGCCAAAGCUAUACGUCUGUGAAGGCUAUUGUCUAGAGAACACAUUCAACUGAGUGCUGAUUGAUCAUCAUCACCUUGUCAGUUACAUGUUAUACAGUAUACCACUUCAUAUAAAACGAAGAAUGUA